UGUGCCUGCCACCGGGUCUCUGUGCCUCAGCCCACCACAUACACACUCACAGCAGUUUACACACACACACGCACAUGCACAUGCACAUGCACGCUUGCACCGGCAAACAUAUGGAGUACUACUGCUUCCUCCUGCUCUGGAUCUGCAGCCAGCAGUUAGGGGUCCUUGACUGCUUCAACAUUGACACAAAGAAACACAGGAUCAUCAAAGGCCCUAAACAAGCCCAGUUUGGAUACACUGUUCAGCAACAUGUGGCUGCUGGAGGAGAAAAGUGGUUAUUGGUGGGCGCUCCGUAUGAAAUGAAUGGCCCUUACCAGACAGGGGAUAUUUAUAAAUGUUCACUGAGCAAACGAACCAAUGGCGGUUGCUCCAAGCUCAAUUUAGGAAGGAUAUCUCUGACCAACGUAUCAGAGCGCAAAGACAAGAUGAGGCUGGGAAUGACGCUCACUUCUAACCCUAAAGACAACAGCUUUGUGGCCUGUGGGCCACUAUGGUCCUACGAGUGUGGCAGCUCUUACUACAGCACUGGCAUAUGCUCCAGAGUCAACGCGAGUUUCAAGUUCUCCAGAACGAUUGCGCCAGCCUUCCAGAGAUGUGAGACCUACAUGGACAUAGUGAUUGUUUUGGAUGGCUCAAACUCAAUCUACCCCUGGUAUGAAGUGCAGGCUUUUCUCAUCAACAUUCUUCAGAAGUUCUAUAUUGGACCAGGUCAAAUACAGGUUGGAGUCGUCCAGUAUGGUGAGAAAGUGGUUCAUGAAUUUAAACUCAGUGACUACAAAUCAGUCGAGGAAGUGGUGAAGAGAGCACGCAGCAUCAAUCAGCGGGGGGGCGAGGAGACCAACACGGCUCUUGGCAUCAACGUUGCACGCUCACAAGCUUUCAAACAAGGAGGUCGGCGUGGUGCCAAGAAGGUGAUGAUAGUGAUAACGGACGGAGAGUCACAUGACAGUCCAGAUCUCCAGCAAGCCAUAGAGGACAGUGAGAAGGAUGGCAUCACCCGUUAUGCCAUUGCUGUUCUCGGCUACUACAACCGUAGAGGAAUCAACCCUGAGGCCUUCCUCAAUGAAAUCAAGUACAUUGCCAGCGACCCAGAUGACAAGCACUUCUUUAAUGUGACAGACGAGUCAGCACUGAAGGACAUCGUGGAUGCUCUUGGAGAACGCAUCUUCAGUUUGGAAGGAACCAGUAAGAAUGGGACAGCGUUUGGCCUCCAGAUGUCUCAGGCUGGAUUUUCCGCACACAACGUCGAGGAUGGGAUUCUGGUGGGUGCUGUUGGGGCUUAUGAUUGGAACGGAGCAGUGCUGAAGGAAACACGGCAGGGGAAGGUGGUCCCACCUAAGUCAUCCUACACACAGGAGUUCCCCGAAGAGCUCAAGAACCAUGGUGCCUAUUUGGGUUACACUGUGACGUCUGUGGUGUCAGCCAAAAAUGGUCGACUACUCGUAGCAGGAGCUCCACGAUUUAACCACACCGGCAAAGUCAUCAUCUUCACUCUGAAGAACUCGGGCAACCUCACCAUCCUGCACUCCCUCAAAGGCCAGCAGAUUGGCUCCUACUACGGCAGUGAGAUUGCACCUCUGGAUAUCGAUGGGGACGGUAUAACUGACAACCUUUUAGUGUCAGCGCCGAUGUUCUUCAGUGCAGGCAUGGAGAAGGGAAAGGUCUACAUCUACAGAUUGCGUAAAAAUCGUUUCAUCCUUGAAGGAGCGUUGGAAAUCCACAAUGGUGGCCAGAACGCCCGCUUCGGCUCAUCGCUCGCUCCUGUCCCUGACCUAAACGGCGAUGGCUUCAAUGACUUGGUGGUGGGCGCCCCGCUGGAAGACGACCACAAAGGAGCCAUUUAUGUUUUCUUUAGUCAGCACAACAGAAUAAUACGCAAGUACAAACAGAGGAUAGCAGCAGCAGAUUUAGCCCCUGGCCUGCAGUACUUUGGCCGCAGUAUCCAUGGCACAAUGGACAUGAACGAUGAUGGUUUAGUGGACCUGGCAGUAGGGUCCCUUGGUGCAGCUGUUCUCCUUUGGUCACAGAGUGUCAUCCGGAUAUAUGCCACUGUUCGGUUUGAGCCCAGCAAGAUCAACAUCUUUGUGAAGGACUGUCAGAGAGGUGGCAAAGACGUGACCUGUAUGUCAGCCAUUGUAUGUUUCAACAUCACUGCCAGGACAGCCAUUCUUCCCACACAGGAAAUUGGGAUCAAGUAUAACGUCUCCAUUGCGGAGAGACGUUUCAAUCCCCGUGCCAUACUGGACAACCCGAACAAGCUGCAGCCUCAAAAUCUGACCCUCCUUCCUGGAGAAGAGACCUGCGAACACAUCUACUUCCACGUCAUGGAGACCACAGACUAUGCAAGGCCCAUAGUGUUUGCUGUACAAGUGGGACUACAGGAUCCAGACCAAGGACCAGUGCUAGAUGAAAGCUGGCCUACUGUUGUGAGGACUGAGCUGCCCUUCUGGAACGGUUGUGAUGAGGACGACCGCUGCAUACCGGACCUUGCACUGCAGAGUAUGACCGACCUGAUGACUCGAAAUCAGUUCUGUGCACAGCACGUACAGUCUCGUGGUGCUUUCUGCCGCCACAUUAGCGAGCAGGGGUUGGAGGGAUCUCUGAGGGUGUUGGAGGGGAACAGGAGGAGGAUGGUGGUGGACGUCCGACUGGAGAACAAAGGAGAGAAUGCCUACCACACGCGCCUUAACAUCACCUACACGCACAAUCUACGCUUCUCCAGCCUCAUAGUCAAGGACAACUCUGACAUCAAGAUUGAGUGUUACAAUGAGGACAAACUGAGGAAUGAGAAGAUCUGCAAUGUUAGUGCUCCGUUCAUGAGAGCCAAGUCUCAGGUAACAUUUCGUCUGGAGUUCGAGUUCAGUCGGACUGUCUUCCUAGACCACAUCAGGGUUAUCCUGGAGGCCGGCAGUGAUGGCGAGGAAAUGAGCACAGCUGAUAAUUUCAAUGAUAUCUAUUACUCACUGAAAUACGAGGCAGACAUUCUCUUCACUAGGGAUUCAAAUCCAACUCGGUAUGAGAUCAAAUCAGAGCUGUCACUGGAGGAGCCCGGAGUUAUCGGUCCUCCUGUCAACUUCACUUUCCAGAUCCAGAACCUUGGCUACUUUCCGGUAAAGGAUCUACAGCUGAACAUUGAGAUCCCAGAAAUGACAAAAAAUGGGAACCAGCUCCUGCAGAUAUCUGACUUCCAUAUUGACCAGAGAGAUGGCACUCACUGUUUACCGCCUCAGCAUGUGGCACAGAGCAGAGCAUCACCUGAGGACCUUUCACGCGUCUCCCGCUUGAAUCAAUCCAACACCUUAACUCUGCCGAUCCAGUGCGCUGUCAAUGUGGCCUCCCACAGAGAAAUUGCAGUUAGGAUCACAGGAGCACUACGAAUAGAUACCUUACACGCACUGAAGUUUAAAAUCCUGGAACUGGUAACCAGUGCAUCAGUGGAGCUCCCCUCCUCCAGCCCCAUGUUUUUACAUGAAGCGAGGCCUGUCAGACAUAUAUUAUUGGAGAUCAGGAAGGAGGGAGAUUACAGGAUCCCUACCUGGAUUAUCAUUGGCAGCACGCUGGGAGGACUCCUAUUGUUAGCUCUGCUCAGUCUGGCUCUAUGGAAGCUCGGCUUCUUCCGGAGGCAGAAGCGAAGAGACGAGGACGAGCGGGAGGCCAACGGGAAAGUGGCCGAAGAACGGUAA